GCCAUAGCGCCGCUGGCCAUGCCGGGCCCCAAGCUCAACAUGGGUCGUGCCUGUUUUGUUGGAUCGCCGGCCGCGGUCUUCCGGCGGUCGGCAAGAAACAUUUGCCCCGGCGUUCGCCAUGCUUCCCACAGGCUCGCCAACGCUAUUGUUUAUUGGAUCGCGCUGCCCUUGGCCAACCAAAGGGUCACAAUGAAUAAGGCGGCGGUUGUUUUCCGAAUCCCCAUGGAGCGCGCCGCCGCAAACCCGCAAAGGUGGCGCAUAAUGGGUCCUCUUUGUUUCCGUGCUUUUGCGGGUUCCGCAAGCGCAUUGCAUUCGCGCCCUCUCCCGAUGUGA